UUCUUCCUUCUUUUGGUCCGUGCACAUUUCGCUGCGUUAGCAACAUUACUCCCUUUCAUUCGCAAAUGCGAUCCUCUCAACGACAGGGCCGCGAACCUUUACUCCAAUCCGCCGAGAACCCAGGUCAAUCCCAGCGCCUCUCCGACUCGAGCUUUACCUCUUUCGACCACCCAGGUAUGUCCCAUCGCGGAUCUCAUAACGAUGCCAGCGUGAACUCGUACGGCUCCUCUUCAUCCAACAGAUUCGGGCCAACGGCUUCUCUUGCCAGUGCCAAUUCAGCAGCUGUUGUGGCCGGCAACACUGGGGGCUUCUCAGAUGAACUUCCUCGGCAAGCCUCACCACAAGCCCAAAUGGGAAACUGGCAUGAUGUCGAUGACCUCGAUGAUCAUCUGCAUACCUUCACAUCGCAGGAUCACAAAGAUCUUGGUUCACCAUUCGACAUUACCUCUGUGCGUGGCUGGGCAAAUGCUCUUACCCUUGGUAUACUCGCCGGUGGAGGUGUCAUGUUGUUUGCCGGAUAUCCUAUCAUCUCGUUUUAUUAUGGCGACAGCAACUCUUCCGGUGCCAAUACCUCUGGUUAUAACCUGGGAGGAAUCAACUCUAGUGGCCAGUACCCGGAGAUACCAGGCCUGCCCACCUUGAUUGAUGCGGACACUCCAGAAUGGGCUUACAAGAGAACCGGGUUUGACGGGGAUGAAUGGACGUUGGUGUUUUCAGACGAGUUCAACAAGGAUGGAAGGACCUUCUUUGAAGGAGAUGAUCCCUUUUGGACUGGCAUGGAUAUUCACUAUUGGCCCACUGGAGAUUUCGAAUGGCUUGAUCCCUCUGCUGUGACAACGGCCGACGGUCAUUUGGUCAUCACCAUGACACAAGAACCCAUCCACGAUCUCAACUUCAAGUCUGGCAUGCUCCAAACCUGGAAUAAGCUUUGCUUCAAUAAACAUGCUUACUUUGAGUUUUCGGCAAGUAUGCCUGGUCAGACGAUGAACGGUGGGUUUUGGCCUGGUAUCUGGACUAUGGGGAAUUUGGGUAGACCAGGAUACGGUGCCUCCACCGAAGGGAUGUGGCCAUACACCUACGACAGUUGCGACGUUGGUACCCUCCCCAAUCAGACAUACGUGAACGGCACCGGUCCUAUUGCGACACUUACCACCGGCGCUGACGAUUCACCUCUUUCCUACCUCCCCGGCCAACGAUGUUCCGCCUGCACUUGUCCUGGAGAAGACCACCCCGGUCCUGUGCAUACCAAAGGCCGUGCAGCCCCGGAAAUUGAUAUCGUCGAAGCGCAAAUCAUUAUCUCCGAGUCCAGAGGAGAAGUGUCUCAAUCUUUCCAAGUAGCUCCUUAUGAUGAUUACUAUCAGUCUGAUAAUUCGUCCAAGAACUUUAAGCAUUACGACACUGAUUUAACGUAUUGGAAUACGUAUUUGGGUGGUCAUUUCCAGCAGGCGGUAUCGAGUUUGACGAGACUUCCAAGAAAUAUAUACUGGGAUCAGCCGGGAGAUAGUAAGCAAUUUACAGUGUUUGCUAUGGAAUAUCAAGCCUUCCCAGAGGCAAGAGACCAGGGAUAUAUCACUUGGUGGGCAGAUAACAAGACUAGCUGGACAAUGUACGCGGAUGCAGUUGCAGAGAAUCCCAGGACUGGUAUCGGAAGAAGAAUUAUCCCAGAGGAACCUAUGGCUAUGAUUGUCAAUUUGCAUAUGUCAAACAACUUCCAAGCAGUCGAUUUUGCGAAUUUGAAAUGGCCAAACUACUUUAGGAUUGAUUAUGUGAGAGUGUAUCAAAAACCAGACCAAAUCUCUAUCGGAUGCGAUCCCGAAGAUUAUCCCACUGCGGACUAUAUCGCGCGACAUGCAGAGGUAUAUUCCAAUCCAAAUCUCACAACCUGGGGAGCAGCUGGAUAUACUUUCCCAAAAAGUAGUAUGAAGGGUGAUUGCUAAAUGGACAUUCUGUGUAAAAGGGAUCUUGAAAGGUUGGUUAAAGUUGGUAAGGAGGAAAACAGUAUCAUUGAUACGCGAGAGCAACCAGUGAUGAGGGAUAUGGAGGGGGGGGUAGGGGGAAGGAAAGUUGGACAAUGUGUAUACCUAGCAACCAUAGAAAAACUGCACUGGACUGACCAGACGGACUUACGAUUUUUUUGCAUUUUUUACGAUACCAAUUGCAGUAGUGGAAUGAUCCAUAUCCGCGUACAUACGUUCAUACGUUCUUUGACAGAAAACAGAUUAUGAAUGUAUGUUACAUAUCUUUA